CUCUGAAGCAUGACCGAGCUGUGCCCGCAGAGCUGCGAUCGCGAACGAGAAGCGGAGGCGGCGGAGAGAGUCGCACAACGCUGUCGAGCGACGGAGGCGGGACAACAUCAACGAAAAGAUCUCGGAGCUGGCUACGCUCAUACCAGAGUGCCUCUUGGAUCCCAACGGUCAGUCUUCCCCUUCCCGUCGCGGCCUUCGUUUCCCGCUAAACUCCCGUAGCUGCCACGAUGACCAUGCCCGCGUCUCUCUCCACAGCGACCAGCGAAGACUUGCUGCUUGCCAACGCGACCCCUCAGUCCCCGAACCCUGCGAACUCGCCAACGGAAGGACCAGCAGAAACUGUCACCAAAAAGGAAGAGGGCGACGAGAAGGACGGCGAUGCCGGAGGCGUCAUUAAGGCGAACAAGGGCAUGAUCCUUAGGAAGAGCGUCGAGUAUAUCCGGUGAGUCAUGGUUUCACACCUCGUCAGGGCUGGCUAGGAGACGAGGAAUAUCUCAUGGCGGCAUCGUUCCGCGAAUGGAUGGGGGAAUAUGUGGGCUCUAGCUUGCAUGGUGGUGGCGCAUAAAUGUCUCUACGACUACUUCGCUGGAGCCUUUCGAGGUUUAAACCUCGGGAGCCGAUGUGUGCAUGUGAGGGCAAGCGCCGAACACGUGAGCUGCCUUCUCUUGAUGGCAUCCACCGACGCCCUUCCCGCCUGACCUCGGAAGUGUAUGCGCCCCGCAACAGAAGCGGCGGAUGUCGAGGGAGAACAUCGGGCGUGGCGCGCGAAAACAGGGCGUUGGAGUGCUAGUCGGAUGAAGGUGGUGCAUGUAUACGCGGGGCAUUCUUUUUAUUCGGGUUAUCGGUCCUACGUGAUCAUACGAUGUACUGACGAACAAUCUCGCGUUCUAUAGGUAUCUUCAACAGCUCGUGUCCGCCCAAGCUUCGAGGAACCGUGACCUCGAGCAGCAGCUCCAGCAUCUCCGUGUCUCGUCGGGGAGCCAGGCUGGCGAUAACGGCAGCGCGAACGAGGAUGAUACUCUCAUGCUGCACGAGGAGGUCGGCGACGAUUUCCUCAACAUGAACACUCCGUCGACAAACGGUGUCAACGGACAUCGUAGACAAACGUCCACCAGCAGCCGCUCCAAAAAGUUCACUGGCUUCGAGCUCGACACUGUUGCAGAGAUGGACCAGGACACGGACAAUGAGUACGACAGCUACAGCUACCACCGGCAUGGCCGGUGCGACGCCGACGAGGACCAGGAGAUGGACCGUCCAAGCACCGCCGGCACCGGCAUGGGUGCCAGCCCUCUCAGCAACGAGAGCGCGUCAGACGAGCUCGAGGGCGAGGGCGACGACAGGGAGCAGGAAGAGCGCGGCCGCAGGGGGCGCGACGGACGGCCGAUGGGCUUGUCAGGAAUCAAGACCGAAGAGGGCAUGGAGUCUUCGUAAGGUCUGCGCUGAGGACAGGCCCGGGUCUCAGGUGAGACUUCGGGCAGCUGUCCCGCAAAAGGCGGAGCGGCAGGUCUUCACCUUUGCCGUUACUGGUCGAGCGGCGGUCGAUACCGCCACGUCAUACGUGCUCGGCUGGUCUCCUGCUUACGUCCUUUCUUUAUUCUCUAUCGGUGUUGUGUAACGCAGCGCCGCCCUGCCGAUCUUCACAGUCAUCUUCGUCCACCUUACGCUCUCUCUUCGCAUCAUAUUCAUUCGUGCCAUCCGGCUACAUUGAAGUCUUGAAUACACUGCCUCUACGCGUCCGCCCUUCGGUUCCCGCAGCGUUUUCUGCCCCAUCAUUUUACCCACUCCGGUCCAGGCUUUCGUCGUACUCAGCAUUCGACUCUGGACUCUUGUCAGCGCAACGCCUCCGUCAUCGCUUCUCUUCCUCCCUCUCACGCUGCCACGGCCCUUCCACUGGCCCUCGCGAAUCCUCUAUUUUCUUUCCUGUACAAUCCCUUUGGUCAACUCUACCCGUCCUGCUCUCCACGCUCUUCUCACGUUAAUGUGCGAUCACAUCAUUCUCUCGCCUCUGCAACCAUUCACCCGUUCGACGCCACUCCGCAAGCAAGCCGUCAAUUGUCGAUUGUACUAUAGCCCCUCGCGAUCUUCACACACACUGUCUUCCUUUCCUUCCUUCCUCCCCUGCUCCGUCGAGCUUAUCUCGACCCCGCAUAUACGUUCAUCCUCUCAUUCCCUUCUUGGUUGUCGGUCGGCGAGGGCGCAGACGAGGGUGUGUAAGCAUGGCGAGGAGAGACCAACUCAAAUGGAUGUCACCGAGUCCUGCAACUAUCUAACGAACGUUUUUGCUUACUGACCAUGACUCCUGCUUGCCUGUCAUAACUUCUUCCUAGUCCGUAGUAUUAACUAACUCGAUCUCUCCCACACAUGUGUAGUAUAUGAUAGCUACUUUCCCUGUCCACUUCCUACAAUCGAUUCCGUCAAAUCACUCGCAUCGCCCUGGCG